UCUUGCCUAAGAUGCAGAGUGAAGAUAAAAGAGUCGUGGAUUUGUAUAUCCCAAGAAAAUGUGAAGCCACUAAUAAAUUGAUUCACCCCAAAGACCACGCUUCCGUACAUAUUAACAUCGCCGAUGUCGAUGAAAAUGGCGUUAUUACAGGAACUUCUCAAAGUAUUACUAUUGGGGGAUACAUGAGGAGAAGAGGUUAUGCUGACUGUGCCCUUAAUAGACUCUUCCAUGACAAAGGCCUCUUGUCUUUUAACAAGUAAGAUUAAGAAGGAAUAUUAUUAAACUCUAUGCAACAUAGUG